UUGAGGACUUACAGAAGAUAUAUUUUUAUCGAAGCCUUUUUGUUGAUACUUAUUCCUCCCUGAGCGAAAAGUCUACAGCUCUCCGUUGCAGGUGUUGGUGCUGUGUGGCUGUCAUGAUGCAUAUGGUGGUGAAGGUCCUCUGCUCCACACUCCUGCUUAUAGCAGUGGUGCCCUUUGUGUACUCACAGUCAGAUUGUUCUCAAGCUGAGUCAUGUGACCUGUGUGUUGGUCUUUCCAUGCUCAACCUGACAGGCUGUGUCUGGAGGCUUUGUCCAGAUGGUAAUGAUACAGGCAUGUGUGUGACUGAUGAGGGCAACUCGGCAGACGACGGCAGGAACUGUAGCUGGACCAGAGUGUCUGAACUGUGCUCAGUUGUGGAGAUCAAAGCUGAAGGAGGAGGUAAAAGUGACUCAGGUGAUGGAAGUAACACCAACUCAGAGUUCUCCCAGGCCAAGUUUGACAUGUCCAGUUUCAUUGGAGGCAUCAUACUGGUGCUGUGUGUGCAGGCAGGCGGCUUCUUCGCCAUGCGCUUCCUCAAAUCCAAAGAGCAGAGCAACUAUGACCCCAUAGAGCAACCGCAGUGAAGAAAAGAUGUAUGAAGGACAAACAGGCGAGGGCGGAGGACAGCAGAGCAGUGACUCAUCGAGUGUUUUUUUUUUUUUGUGAGCCCGUCAGUUUUGGUUUGGUCCCCAUGUGUAACCCCCUAGGGGAUGGGUGUGUUUAAAGGAGGAUAUUUUUUCCCAAAAUCCUAUAUCGUGUAACGAGUGUAUGUGCAUGUGUUCCCUGUGAUUGUACAGACUUUACAUUCCAGAGAGACUUUGGCUGUUGGUAUUCAUAUGAUCUGACAAAUCUCAGCGCUUUCACAGAAAUACUUUAUUGACGAACUCACCAUAAAUUCUCAGUGUUUGUCCUCUUACAAACGACAAUGAACCAGCUGUUUAACUGUAUAAAUAGUGCAGUGCAGUGGUGGGAAAGAAUGAUAUAAUCCCAAUGCAGACAGUGGGUCAGACAAGGUCAUAAAUGGCAUUUGAAAGCGAAAACAGACCCAAAAUGAGACUCUGAAUGUUGUUUCUCCUUCGUUUCAGAGGAUGUGUGUGUUAGAACUCUCUUUAGGGUUUUAUUGAAACCAAACUUUUUCAUAUUUAUUUAUGUUAUAUCUUUGAUUUUAUUUAUUUGCAGUGAGUCGAAUUAAUUAAAUGGGUACCCUUAUGAGCCAUGUCAAGAACUCUUGAAGGUCCCUAGACUGCACCUUUGACAAUAUAAAAGAUUACCCUCAAGUCUAAGCAAUGGCAGCAUUCAUUUAAUCUUCUAUCUACCAAAAAGGUAUUAGCACCUCUCCUCUGAUUUGUGUGUUUUUGUUCUGACUUGUCAAUAGCUCAGAGUCUUUUUUAAUUAUACAUUUUAAUUUAGGAGAUUUCUGUUUUGACUGCUCACGUUUAUAUUAUAUGUAUAUCAGCUUCAUCCCUCUAAUAGCAG